CAGUUUUCAAACUGUUUGACCGUUUUGAGUAUAAAUAAAGGACGGCAUUCUCCAUGAGCUAUCCAAAGCUUCACUCGGUGACGUUGGACCAACAUCACCUCAGAAAUGAAAUCUAUCGCUGCCUCAGUUUUGAUUGUCGUCUGCUUCUCCGGUUUAGCGGAGGCCCAGAUAACGACACGCAAGCCCUGCGGAUGUUCCUGUACUGCCGGAACGUCUCCGAUGUCGACAAUGACUCCUAAACCAACCUCGCCUGGAUCAACUCUGGCUCCUACUCUUGGCACCAAUUACUGCAACAUUAGUACAUGCCCCACGCCGACCCAAAACACGCUCUGCAAAUAUACGAAUACCACUUGGGGAUCGGCUUGCCAACCGUCCUAUCCAGAUAAAUCGAUCGUGACCGAUGCCGACAUCGCGACCAUUUUGGGAGCGCACAACGAUUACCGACGUAAAGUUGCGCAGGGCCUUGAGACCCAAGGAAGUCCAGGGCCUCAACCUCCCGCCUCCAACAUGAGACAAAUGAAAUGGGAUCAGGAACUGGCUGUCAUGGCUGCAGCCCACGCCCAGCAGUGUGUGUUUAGUCACGACGCUUGCAGAAAUGUUCCUCGUUUCAGGGUGGGUCAGAAUGUUUACAUUGCCGGAUCUUCCGGCGACAUUCUCGGCACUUCAAACUGGAAUGCGGCAGUAACCUCUUGGUACAAUGAAGUUCAAUAUAUGACCACCGCUGCUGUUACGAGCUUACCAGCAAGCUCACCGAAUGUUAUUUAUCAUUACACGCAAGUAGUGUGGGCGGAAACUUAUCUCAUCGGUUGUGCAGUGGCCUACUUCCAAUCUACUGCCACUUUUGGAACAGCGUAUCCCUACAAUAGAUUCUACGUUUGCAACUACGGCCCAACUGGCAAUUGGAUCAGCCUUCCGGUUUAUCUGCAAGGAACUGCCGGAUCCGCCUGCCCGCCAGGUACUGUUAACACCAACGGCUUGUGCGCUUGAACGCAGUUCGUGUGACUUUGCCCUAAGAUUUGUAACACAGUCAGUAUCUUGACGAUCUGUCUUGGCAAUUAUUUUUUCCCGAUUUUGCCGAUCUAUGAAAUCCAAGUGUAGUAGUUUGACAAUACAUUUAAUCAGUCAGCAGCAA